ACAUUUCCCGGCCAAACCCCCCUCCCUUGUCCUCCUCCCUCCUCCAUAGACCGAAAGACCCUCCCAAACCCCCCCCCCCCCCCCCCAACAUACAAAAUGGCAACCCCCGACACCUCCACCCUCACAACCUCGUCGCAAGUCUUCACCGCGCACACCCUCCCACAAAUCCGCGCCAUCCACAAGAACCUGCACGCGCAGAUCGACGAGAAGUCCGCGCGCCUGCGCAACCAGGUCGGCAGCAGCUACCGCGAGCUCCUCGGCACCGCCGACACCAUCGUCCGCAUGCGCGUCGACAUGCUCGCCGCCCAGGACGUCCUGGCUACCAUGGGUGGACUCUGCGGCCGCGCCGCCAUUGGAGGGAAGACCACUGCGCUUGGCCAGUUCCGUAGCGGUGGCGGCGGUGGUGGUGGUGAUGCCGAGGAGGCCAGGCUGAGCCGUGUUGCGCGCCUCAAGCUGUUGGGUGCGUGUGGUUUGGCCGUGGGCAGGUUGUUGAAAGGGGGUAAUAGCAGUAGUGGUGGUGGUGAAGGGAAGGGAGAUCGGCUGGUGUUGGCGGCCAAGGUCCUCGUGCUAAAGCGGCUGCUGGUUUCGAGCUUCGGCGCGGUGGAAAGCUUGGCCGACGAGACGCGGGCUGCGGUCGAGGAGGCGAAAAAGAACUUGAAUACACUGCGGAGGCGCCUCCUCCGGGCGGUUGAGAAGGUGCUGGAGAAGAUUGGUGACAGUGUGGACCGAGGCGAUGUCCUAAAGGCCCUGGCCGCGUACAGCCUGGCCUCGAGUUCUGGAGCCAAGGACGUUUUACGGCAUUUCCUAAGCGUCAGGGCCGAGGCGAUGGUGUACGAGUUCGACCCCGAAGAGCAUGAGAACCAGAGAAGCGCCGAAAACGUCCUCAAGGGCCUUGAUCUAUACACGAGGACGCUGUUGGACGUGCAAGCCCUAGUGCCCAACAAGCUUUCAGAUGCGUUGCUUCAGCUGAAGAAGCAGCAUUUACUAGAAGACGAGUCGUUGCUAGAACUGGAGGGCCUCCGAUUGGACAUAUAUGAAAGGUGGUGCGGAGACGAGAUACAGUAUUUCACCCCUUUUAUUCGGCACGACGAUCUGGAGGGCAAGCAUGCCAAGGAAAUGCUCACGAACUGGGCAAGUAAAGGCGGAGAGACACUGCUGAAGGGUUUACAGGGGACUCUGGGACAUAUCCACGAAUUCAAGACCAUUGUGGAUCUGCGAACGAAUGUGCUACAACAUUGGAUUAACGAUGGCGGGAAGGCCAGGGGCUUCGAUCCUACCAUAAUGCUUAAUGGGCUACGAGAGGCGAUAGAUGGCCGCCUUUUAUAUCUUAUAGAGUCCAAGGUUGCCAAGCUCAAAUUGAUUGGAUCCGAAGUAACGGCCACUCUCGAGGCGUGGCGGCCGGGCGCGACGGAUCAGCACCGUAGUUUGUGGGACGAAGAGAUGCUGGAUAGCGAUAUUGCAGGAAGCGCGAGCCAGAUCACCCACGAAAUUCUAUCCCGCCUAUACGGGAGAAAUGAUGCCGUGGCUCGAGUGGUCACAAGCUACGAAUCAUGGCAUCAUCUUGUUGACAGUGUCAGCGAACUGAUAGACCAGCUCAAACGCCAACACUGGGACGACGAUGUAGACGAGAUAGAAGAUGAGGAUGACAUUGCGGCCCGACAGAAGCUACUGAGCCAGGACGACCCCGAGUUGCUUCAGAAAAAACUAGACGAAACUACCGAGGAAGCUUUCAAGGACCUAGACAAGCAUCUGGCAACUGCCUGGCAGUCGAGGGUGGGGGAUCCAGAUAAUGGCCCUAUCGCCAUGUAUAUAUUACGAAUCUUGCGGGACAUCCGCGGCCGGCUACCGAAACUCGAGGGCAUCAAAUCCUUUGGCCUAGAGAGUGCCCCGUCUCUCCACGAUAAGCUAGCAAUCUAUAUAUCGAUCUCACCCCUGGAAAAAUUUACCGCUACAACCUUGACAAGAAGACGAGUGGCCGGUCGAGCCCUGUGGGAAGGAGAGCCUGCUUUGCCAACACAGCCCUCUCCCGGCACCUUCAAGCUUCUACACAGUCUCGUUACGAAUAUGGGGGAUGCCGGGUUGGAUCUCUGGACACCCGUUGCAGUAAGCGUACUGAAGCGGACUUUUGGUAGACAACUCGUCCAACUAUGGCACGGGGAGCUCGAAUCUGAGGGAGCAGGUGGCCAGGCAACUGACGCCGUGAGUGAAGAGAAGCCGUCGACGCCGAAAGACGGCAGCCUAGAUAAUGCCGAAGAGGAGGAGGACAAGGAUGCGUCGUCAAGUGAAAAGGUCCCCGAAGCAAAAUCGGAGAAGAGCAAGGACAUUUAUAUUCAGUGGAUCUAUGACAUCCAUCUCCUCCAGCAGUGUCUCGGCAGUGACGUGAGUUCGGAAGAGCCAUUUAAAGCGUUCGUGGAGGAAGUGUUCGAAAAGACUGGCUUGGAGAGUGCGGCCAAGGAAAGACUGGCAAAGACGUCGCAGGAGUAUUGGAAGAGGACGAGUCUGUUGUUUGGGCUGCUUGGAUGAUACCCUUUCCCUGCCCCCUGUCUGUCUGUCUGUGUUAUAAAAAAAAUUAAUGAUUAAUGAUAAAGUGACAAGAUACCUAUACUAUAUAGAAUGCUCUCUU